UUUAUAUUCGGUGUUUCCAGCCGGACAUUAAAAUCGGGUGCUAUAUUCAACUGUUCGUACCGCUGGUUUUCUUUUUUUAUUACUUUUGUUUUUACUUUAGUUGCUUAUUUCUUAAAUGUCGCCAGCUGUUUGCCUUUGCAUUAAACGGUGUUUAUUAUACAUUGUAACAAAUAUAACUUUUAUUGCUCACCAGUUCGGUAUCUCAAUACCAUGAGCAGCAGCUGUGUUUCUCCGCAAGCAAGUAACUUUAGAUCAUCUCUGUGCUCACUUCUCACUAGACCAUCCAUCAGAAAUCAAUUGCAGGUGAUCUGCAAAAGUUUCUUCUGCUCAUGGCCUCAGUCUGUGCUGAUGUUCGAGCUGUUUUGCCCUCGACGGUGUCUGAAUUCCCCCUUCACUUCAGCGAGAAGAUUGAAUUGAGUGUGCUGAAGCUUCUUGAGCUGGCUAGAGAUCAGCUGUACAGUGAAGCAGAUUGCCCGGCUUCUGCUCAGAGAGCUCAGGUUAUUAUCGAUUAUUCCUGGGAGAAGCUCAACACUGGGACAUGGAGAGAUGUGGACAAGGAGUGGAGGAGAGUUUACUCUUAUGGCUGCUUAUUCAAAGUCUUAAGUUUAUGUCAUGGAAACCCCUCUCAAUGCGACACCCAAGAGGCCAUUAAAACAUGUGACAUGGGUUUGUUGAUGGGAGCAGGCAUCAUGGACAACAUUCUGCAAAGGCUUGUUGGUGUCUUAAGAAAUAAAUUGAAAAUGGAGAGUCCAAACAAAACAGGAAGGAGCGGAGAACCCUGUUCAAAGGUGAAGUCAUCUCUUAUAAAGAAAAUGAAACUGGACUGUGUGUCUGAGCCAGUAAUAAACCCUGCACAAGCAGUGCCUAGGAUUCAUUGUCCAUCCCUGGAGCGCUUUAGGUCAGAUUUCCUGGAUCCUAAGAAACCUGUGAUUAUAGAGGGAAUAACUGACCACUGGCCGGCCUUUACACAGCAUCCAUGGAGCAUAGAGUACUUGCGAACUACCGCUGGCUGCCGGACGGUACCUAUUGAAGUGGGAUCCAAGUACACCGAUGAAGAGUGGUCACAAAAACUCAUCACAGUUGAUGACUUCGUAGAUCGCUACAUUAUAGGAACAGCAGAGAAUGGAGUGGGAUAUCUGGCUCAGCAUCAGUUGUUUGAUCAGGUUCCAGAGCUGAAAGAAGAUAUUCGCAUCCCAGACUAUUGUUGUCUUGGAGAGGGAGAUGAGGAUGACAUUACAAUUAAUGCCUGGUUUGGGCCUGGAGGGACCGUGUCUCCUCUCCACCAGGAUCCUCAACAGAAUUUUUUGGCACAAGUGGUUGGAAGGAAAUACAUCAGGCUCUACAGCCCAGAUGAAACCAAAUAUCUCUAUCCACAUGGGUCACAGCUACUGCACAACACCAGUCAGGUGGAGGUGGAGAAUCCAGAUCUUGUGACGUUCCCAGACUUCUCCAAAGCCUCAUAUCAGGAGUGUGUUCUCCGUCCCAGAGAUGUCCUCUUCAUCCCUCGACAGCACUGGCAUUAUGUGCGCUCUCUAGAGCUCAGCUUCUCUGUCAGUUUUUGGUGGUCCUGAUUUGUACAGAAUAAAACUUGUGUUGUCAAGUCUUGUAUUAUCUUUAUUUGCACAAAUUUAUUAGACUCUUAAGCACAUAUUUAUAAAUGUAUUGCUUACUGUAGGAUGAUGGCAUUAUUAUUCAGUAUUCAUAUUAAAUGUGCAUUUGACAUCUUUUCUUUUGUUACAAUUGAAAUGUAAAUACAAUUUCUUAACAUCAUACCCUUUUUCUUGUAUUUAAAUAAUUAGUUUUAUUACAUUAAAUUGUAAGUUAGAAGUCAAUUCAACUAAAUACGUCUGCUAAAGUAAUAUGUAAAUCUUAACAUGGCAAAAAGUAUUAACCUUUUUUAAUGUCUGUUUAGAUAUUUUUCUGAAGCAGCAAUGUAUUCACGCUAUACAUUUUAAAAUAUAUUGAACGGUAUGUAUUUCUUUAUACAAUCUGAA